CCGAACAGACCAGCAUCAAACACUCAAACUUCAGCGUUUGGAUGGCGACCUUUGACGACCUCCUGGAGGAGGCCGGCUCUUUCGGCCGCUGCCAGAAGCGGAUCUUCGCCAUGCUCUGCUUCUUGUCGUUGCCUUUCUCCGGCGUCUAUGUUGGGAUCGUCUUCCAGGGCUUCACGCCGGAUCACUGGUGCCGGGACUCUGCGCUGGUGGAGAAGAGGGAGGCCUGUGGAUGGAGCCUGGAGAAGAGUCGCAGCCUGACGACGCCGCUGCUCAACGUCUCAGGAGUCCUGCAGCACAGCAGCUGCGAUCAGCAUGAGGUGGACUGGAACAACACAGAACUCAGCUGUGACCCAGAAGGACUGGACUUUAGCGGAGUGGCUGUUACACCAUGCAAGGAAGGCUGGGAAUAUCAUUAUGAAGGCAGGAAGUCAUUUGUCACCGAGUUCAACCUGGUGUGUUCAGAUGGAUGGCUGGUGGAUAUGUACCAGUCAACUCUCAACAUGGGCUUCCUCGUUGGCAGCUUUGCUUUUGGUUACUUUGCUGACAGAUUUGGAAGAAUGAAGAGUUUCCUCAUGUCCAACGUGAUAAACGUUGUAGCAGGAAUCGGUUUGGCUGUAGUACCAAACUACAUCGUCAUCCUGGUUCUCAGGGCCAUCUCCGGCUUCAGCGUCAAAGGAGGCUGGAUGGCCAUAUAUGUGCUGCUAACAGAAUUAGUUGGGGUAAAGUACAGACGCACAGUCGGCAUUUUGUAUCAGAUGUUCUUCAGUAUUGGGCUCCUCAUCCUCCCUCUGCUUGCCUACUUCAUCACUGACUGGCGCUGGCUGCAGGUUGCCUUCACGGCACCGUAUGCCCUUUAUUUUGCUUACUACAGGUUUAUCCCAGAGUCUCCGCGGUGGCUCAUCUCUCAAAACAAUUCCUCAAAAGCUCUGGAAAUAACCGAGGCUAUUGCCAAGGAGAACAGGAAGAACCUCUCCUCUCAUUUUGAGAUAUUAACUGGUGAUGACGUUGCGUCCACCUCUGCCUCUUUGUUGGACUUGAUCAGAACUCCCAAUAUGAGAAAACACACUUUCAUCCUCAUGUUUAACUGGUUCACCAGUGCUGUGGUUUAUCAGGGCCUCAUCAUGCGGGUGGGGAUAACGGGAGGAAACGUCUACAUCGACUUCCUUAUCUCCAGUCUGGUCGAGUUUCCCGCCGCGUUCCUCAUCCUGUUGACGAUUGAGCGGAUCGGCCGUCGGCUUCCCUUUGCGUCCGCCAACAUCGUAGCUGGAAUCUCCUGUAUUGUCACUGCUUUCAUUCCUGACAGCAUGUUCUGGUUAAAGACCAUAGUCUCCUGCAUCGGUCGGCUGGGGAUCACCAUGGCCUUUGAGAUGGUGGUGUUUGUUAACACUGAGCUUUACCCGACUUGUGUCAGGAACCUGGGAGUGUCGGUUUGCUCCACUCUUUGUGAUAUUGGAGGAAUUGUUUCUCCCUUCUUGCUCUACAGACUGGCCAGCAUCUGGCUUGAACUGCCUCUCAUUAUCUUUGGAGUUGUAGCUCUGGUAGCUGGAGGUUUGGUUCUGCUCCUGCCUGAAACCAGAGGAGUUGCUCUGCCUGAUACCAUCCAGGACGUUGAGUUUCCUGAUCGGAAAAAGGGGAAACAAGAAGAAAAUCAGGAAGUGAAGCAAGUCUUGAAAACUAAUGAAGUGGCAUAAUUUUAUUCUAACAAAUUAGUUCCAACUUAAGAAAUCAGUUUUUUAUGUUUUUUUAAUACAAAGCUUUACUUCUAAAAUUAAUCAUUUGUUUCUUCACAAUACUACAUGAUGGUCAGCUUUUUAGUUGGCUUGCAUUGUUUUCUUGUUCCAGUCUAUGAAACAGGUUUAAGUCGACCUGUAAAUCUGCUGGAAUCAAACUAGAAUGAACUGGAUUUUAAAACAUAAUGUUCAAAACUGAAUUUUUAACAAAAAUCACAUUUUCUUCCUCUUUUUGUCUAGUUUUUUAUUGUGGCACUUAAAGAAACAUCACACUACAAAACACAUCAUAAAAUCUAUUAAUCAUUCAAUAAUUGUCAUUAAAAAUCAUAAAGUAUAUAUAUUAUGGCAAAAUGUCAUCGGAUUUCGUUUAACGCUAUAAUGUUUCAAAUGCAUAACAUCAUUCCAGUUGUAUUAAUAUUAUUGUACUAUACUAUGUGUGAAAAAUACAUCCACCAGUAUUGUUUUAUGUUUAACCUUUAAAGUAUACUGCAAAACAUAUUGUACUGUAUGUAUCAUGACAAAAUAAAUCAUACUCUGCUGUCUUGAUAAAAAAAAGUAGACUGCUAUAUUUUAUUAUAAUAUCUAUUAUACUAGACUGUGUCUGGUGGUAAAAUGAACAACUAUACUACAUGUACCACACUAUACCACUUUAAAAUACAUUAUAGUCCAGAUGUGAAAAUUAGGCCAUACUGUAAAUAAGUAUCACAGUAUACUGUACAUUACUGUAUAUUAUACCAUGUGUGUCAUGGUGUAACAGGCAGAAUAAAUCUGUAUUUCUGUAUUUCUGUAAUGUAUUUCUCAUUAUACAAUGUCAUACUAUAUCAUGAAAAUAAUAUCUUACUGCUGUUCUGUUUUACAAAAUCACAGAAUAAUUUAAAAUGCAUAAUACUAAACUGAGUUUGUGAUAAAAUAAGCAAAAUAUUCUAUAUUAUGUUUCAUGAUAAAAUGUCUAUACUUAAUGUUAUAAUAAAAUAAAUAAUCCUAUACUACUUGCCAUUGCAACAUACAUCAUCAUUAUAGCCAUAAAAAGGAUUAUACUAUAUCAUUGUAAAAUACAGCAAAGACCCCAGGUCAUGUGUUAAAUACAUUAUGUGUGAAAAAUAAAUGAUACAUUAAUGAUUCUUCCUAAACUUUCACUGUACACUUUAAAACACACCAUACUAUGUGUCAUGUUACACAUUGCUAUGUUUGGAACAGCAAAAUAUUAUACAAAACUAUGUGUGUAAAGUAAAUAAUAGUAAACUGUGUAAAAAUGAUCCCUCCCUGCACUUUCAUGUUACAGAAAUUACAAUGUACUGUAUUGUGAUUAAAUCAUACUAUACGAUGUAUCGAUGUAAAUACAAAUGUCAGAGUCCACUGUGUUUCAAGACUAAAAAUGUCAUUACAUACAGUACAGACCAAAAGUUUGGACACAUCUUUUAAUUCAAUGAGUUUCCUUUAUUUUCAUGACUAUUGACAUUGUAGAUUCACACUGAAGGCAUCAAAA